AUAAAACUUAACAGAAUACCUUACAACCCAAUCAGUCGACAACAUUUCACUUUGGCUGUAGGAAGCAACAAGCCGCAAGAGCAGCAGCACACAACGGAAACAACAGCAACGACAACACGAAAUAUCGGCAAAGAAAUUUGUAUAGCAAGAAUAUUUACAGUUCGUGGAAGUUCUUGGAAUAAUCGCAAUUAAUUUAAGUGUUUGCUCAUAAAAUUUGACUUGGCAUAUCAAGCAGUCCAUAAAAGAGUUGAGGUGUAGAAAUUACUAAUAAGCAGACAAACAGACAGACAAUGAACAUGGACCGCUGUCAACGAGCAUGGCACCUGCCGCUGUUACUCUGCAUUCUAGCACUCAAUUUUGCGAGUGCCACACCAAUAGAUGCAUCGCCAGAUACAGACGCGCCUAGCAAGGCAGGCGUGAACACCACUGAGGAGGCCGCAAAAUUUGCCGUCAUCACCGAGGAUGUGAUACCUGAUGUAGAGAAUACCACACAAAAAGUGAUACGCGUUAAUCCGCUCGAUCUGCCGGCGCUAACAGAGGAUCGGAGCGGUAGCAUGGAUUCAUCGUUGUACAAUAUACAGAGUAUAUUGCCAGCAAAUCGUAAUUAUGUGAACUCGAAUCGUAUGCGUGGUACAAAACCGCGUGUGAAGAAUUCCAUCAUGAACACUAAUGCUUACCCACCUGUUAUAAGACAACUUAUCGAGCCGAAGUUCCGCAAAACGCUUCAUAACCAAAUGAAGCAAUUGCACUUCCUUUAUAAUCAGAAUGCAUUUGAUCAACAAAAAUUGAGCAAGACGAUGCGCGUGCAUGUGGCACCAGGCGCCUAUCCAGUUUACUACGCCCUAUCGAAAACCAAUGGACGUUUUGGUAAAUUUCCGAUCAAAGGUUUUCGCACGCCGACAGAGUUUCUAAAAUAUUUGGCCAAAAAUAAAGUGGCCUCGUUGGAUAAUGCACAGCGGCUCGAGAGUUGAAUGGAGAUGAGCACUGAUAGCAGUGGGGAAAAAUAAUAGAAGAGAGGAGAGUAAUAGAGUAGAAAGGGUAGUUAUUUAACUGAUAUUAUUUUAUUUAUAUAUUGAAGAUGUAUAAUUUGUAUAUUUAAUAUAAAUUGAUAAUGAAAAAGGUAUCCUAGAGAAAGUAGUACUGGCUUGAGUGGCAACAUGGAUGUGGUAACGAAGAGCCACUUUGUCAAUUAAAAACACAAAAAAAAAUUUUUAAUAUUUCUGUUUAACAAAAUUAUUGCGAAUAUACAUAUUAGAAAAAUUCCAGGAUAUUAUCAGCAGCUUAUAAGAAGAAGCUGAUAGAUAUUCAAAUGCAGCCAAUUUGUUAUGAAAAUAUUUGUAAUUUGUUUUUUAACGAAAUAACCAGAAACUUGCCUUUAAUAUCGUAUGUGAUGUACAUAACUAGCAACUAAUUUAUUUAUAUUUCUUAAUUUAAUUAUUUUUAUUUAUAGAUAGCGGUAGAAUGUACUUAAGAAUGCGGAAAAUAAUGUAAUUUUAAAGAGUACCAAAAUAAAGUAAAAUAUUUAUAUUAUAUUAUUUCUUUUA